AUGAUGCCUCCCUCGUUGCCUGUUUGCUUUCCGCUCUUACCGCCUUCUACCACCAACCGAUCCAUCUGGAAGAACUGGCUGACGACCGUUUGCCUCUGUAAAGCCAAUGUCAGCUCUCCACCAGAACAAUUGAAACGUAAUGCCUUGUGUCCGAGGUCCACAGCCUGGAUGCUGCUAAUCAAGCAUCGAGUAUGCGUGAUUUCCAUACCCGCAUAUUGACUUCCCUCCCUCUUUAUAUUCCAAGCAGCACA